CCUUGCUGCGAUUGACGAACCAGUCAGAGCAGUCGGUCCGCCAGCUCAGCCGACCUCGCUCGCUCUCGCGAUCGGUCAUUAUUCACAGUCGCGCGUCGCCAGCGACGCACGCGACGGUAGUCACCGCGUCAUGACCCUGUGACGUGAUAGUAUGAGUAAAAUCGAAAAUUCGUCGGAAGCCGCCGCGCCCAGCGUGGCGAUCCACGUGGAACAAUAUGAUAACCAAGACAUGGAGAACUCAAAACUCCUCGACCUACACGCUCCAGCGCCGAUGAUAACGCCCUCUGGGCAAAUGCGCAAAGUGAAGAGCUUUAGUGAUACACACAGAAUUCGUGAUGUAACAACAGCUUCGGGUGCAGCAUCCGCGCGGUGUCUGCGGCCUUACGAACAAGUAGCCACUUAUCCUGAAGGAUCUGACAGUGGCACCAACAACUAUGCUCCGUCCGUCAGGUCCCUGGCCUCUAUUGGCAUGGGAUGUACGGAUGGCCGCAAAAUGGUCAUAAGACGGGUACCAACAUCGCCCACAGAAUUGUUUCAUCUAGUUCGUCCUCCUACGCCCCCCGACGAAGAUACAGCUUCACAUGAGAGUGACUGCGAAGAGGAAGAAGAGGACACUACAGCCCACCUAAAACCCCGCCGACCAUUCUGGGCCAACAAAAUACAAUUUGUAUUGGCGUGCGUUGGCUACUCUGUUGGUCUCGGCAAUGUGUGGAGGUUCCCUUACCUGUGCUACAAAAGCGGAGGAGGAGCGUUCCUUAUACCUUAUUUUAUAAUACUCUUAGUAUGCGGUGUGCCAAUGCUUUUCAUGGAAUUGGCCGUGGGCCAGUACACGGCUCACGGUCCCAUUGGUGCCUUGUCACAAAUUUGCCCUCUCUUCAAAGGUGCGGGCUUAGCAAGCGUAGUGAUCUCAUUUCUAAUGUCCACGUACUACGCGGUGAUUAUAGCGUGGGCUAUCUAUUACUUUUUCACGUCGUUCAAGACAGAGGUCCCGUGGGCGAGCUGUUCGAACCGAUGGAACACGCCGCAGUGCUGGGUGCCCAAUCACAACAUGACUAAACCCAAUGGCUCCCAGACGCCCACCGAACAGUUCUUCGAGAAAAAGGUACUGAGCAUGAGUGCCGGUAUAGAAUACCCAAAUGGAAUGCGGUGGGAAUUGGCGGCUUGCUUGGUCUGUGCUUGGGUGCUAGUUUACUUCGCUCUGUGGAAAAGUAUCAAAUCUUCCGCCAAAGUACGCUAUAUCACCACCACAUUGCCCUUUCUGCUAAUUAUAGUUUUCCUCGGACGAUCGUUAACACUGGACGGAGCUGAUAAAGGUCUGAGAUUCUUCUUCAAGCCAGAAUGGGAACUAUUAAAGCAGUCAAGACCAUGGGUUAACGCAGCUUCACAAAUAUUUAACUCAAUCGGUGUUGCUUUUGGAUCGAUGAUAAUGUUCGCUUCUUACAAUCGAUUCGAUAAUAAUUUCCUCCACGAUACUGUGGCUGUCUCACUAAUAAAUGCAAUCACUAGUCUCAUCGUGGGGAUCUUCACGUUUGCCACUAUUGGAAACAUCGCCUUUGAACAAAAUACUCCCGUUAAAGAUGUCAUCGCUGACAGUCCUGGAUUAUUAUUUGUCGUAUAUCCGCAAGCAAUUGCAAAAAUGCCCGCGUCACAACUAUGGGCAGUGCUAUUCUUCUUUAUGUUCCUUUGUCUUGGACUAAACAGCCAGUUCGCAAUCGUUGAAGUUGUGGUGACGUCAAUUCAAGAUGGGUUCCCUGACAUGAUACGCAGAAGACUCGUGUACCACGAGUUGUUAGUGCUGUGUGUGUGUGGAGUGUCGCUAGUGUUCGGGCUGCCACACAUUAUACACAGCGGCAUUUAUGUGUUCCAACUGAUGGACUACUACGCCGCAUCACUCAGCAUCACAUAUCUAGCCUUCUUCGAAGUGGUGGGGAUUGCUUGGUUCUACGGCGUGGGCAGAUUGUCUAGAAACAUUAAACAAAUGACGGGUCGUCGUCCUUCGCUAUAUUUCCGAGUGUGUUGGCUGGUUGCGACACCGGCGCUACUUCUCGCGCUGUGGGUGGCCAGUCUGGUAGACUACACUCCGCCAAGCUACCGACAGUACCAGUAUCCGACGUGGGCGCAGGCGCUCGGUUGGAUCAUCGCUUCUCUCUCACUUCUAUGCAUUCCAGUAUACGCUGUAUUUGUCGUAGUCAAGUCUCCGGGAAAUAAUUGGAGAGAGAAAUUCCGUCACUCCAUUCGUCCGACAUCUCUAUGUGAAUGCGGUGUCACUGGAUGCGACAUUUGUUACUCGGACUCCGAGCAACCGGAUGAUAAACCUGCUAUCAACUAGUCUGAAAACAACUUAGAAAAUAAGAACAUACACCUACUUUCUACUCUAUAAUAGUAUACUUUGAUAUCAAGAAUAAACAAGACAGUAAGAUAAUGAAACGAGACGGUAUUCCAUCAUAAUUAUCAUUAAUUUACAAUGAGGCGGGACUGCAGUCGACCUACUAUAAUAAUGAAGAGGCACACUUUUGUGUUCACUUGGAGAGCGAAGCGAUAUCUGGAUUUUUGUUAACCGAAACUAUCUUCGAUUUUACUUAUACUGCCAAAGGUUUUAUAUCGACACUAUACUAUCAACACUACGACAUGUUUAAGUAGCUACUUUCGCUCGUUGUCUUUAGGCGACUUCCUUGUUACUAGAAUUUUUAAUUUGAACUCUAUUCAGUUACUGCGUAAAUUUAUUACUUUGUCUUUGUAGAAGUAAGCAAACCGUAGAUGGUAAAACCCAUCAGAACCAGUAUUAAGUUUUCUAUGUAUCUACUUAGUUAAAGUUAAACAAUGUGACAUUUGAGUUUGUCGUAUUUAUACAAAUAUUAGCAUAAGUAUUUAGUAUGUUUCCUAAAACUUUUGUGAUCAAAGUCAUUCCAUUAGAAGUCGUAUUCGAUGUAAGUGAUUAUUAUUUAUUUCUAGUAUCUAAUAAAUCAUUUUUAUUUAGAAAUUAUUAAAAAAUAUUCGAAUGAAAAAAUAUUUGCCACGUUAACAAUCUCACUGCAUCAGAUAGAAAAAUAUAAUCCUAGGUAGGUACCAACCAUAGGUACUACCUUACUAUACGUACCUAUCUGCAUACCUACUUUAUGAUAGUGGCGCACAAUUGCGGCAUCAUUACACAAUAUUGAUAAAAUUACGUCUAGUAGGCACAAAAAUAUUUUAAUCUUGUGAUACGGAUACGUAUACAUACCUUCAUACGUACCCAUCUACUUCAUUUACAUACAGUUAAACACACGCACUACCUUAAACAAGGAUUGGUAGGCAUGUAUCUCCAUACAUGCCUACCAAUCCUUUAGUACAUAUCCUUACAGUAGAUACAUACUUUCAUACGAUAAAAAAUCAAAGUACAAUGUAACAUAUCUAAUAAAUAUUUAGUAAUGUAAAUAAGAAACUAUUUGUAAAUAAACAAGUGACCAACUUGUUAACUCUAGCUUUUAAGAUUUUAUUGAAUAAAAAUAUGAAAUAACGUAAUCAGUGUUUAUUUGCUCCAUAGAGAAGAAAUAAAGUUCCUACGAUCUUGAACAGGAAACAAACUAAAAAUCUUUCCACCUGAUUACUUUGUAUGAAUAGAUGGCGCUAUUGUAAUAUGACUGCUAUAACCCUCUAUAUGUAGAUAUUAGGCAU